GUGUGAUUUACGUCAGCGGAACGAAAGAGAAUGCGGGACCCGCGUCCCGUUCACACGCGGUCGAAGCGACUUGACAGAACUCCGCCAUGAGCCAACAAGCUGCUGCUUUGCAGAAUUACAAUAACGAGCUCGUCAAUUGUAUCGAGGACCUGUGCUCCAAGCGGGAAGAGUUAAACCGUCAGAUCAAGCUGGAGGAAGAGGAGAAGGAACGACUGCAGCAUGACAUCCGCGUCUUCUCCGGAAAACUGAGUAAAGUCAAUGAAAGCCUGGCACAAAGAAUGGCCGCACGCGCCACUUUCGACCGUACCAUUGCAGAGACCGAGGCUGCAUACACUAAGAUCUUGGAGAGCUCCCAAUCUCUGCUGAGCGUCCUGAAGCACGAGGCCGGAAACCUCAGCAAAGCCUCAGAGCCUCGCAAGAAAGAACACUAAUGCAGGGAAGGGUCCCAAA